CUCUGCGCAACCCUAAUCAUAUGUUCGUUUAUAGAUCUACAAUGAUAUGUAUCUUGGAUUCUGCCAAUGUUGAUAAGGUGCUCGUCAUUCAUUGGAUCACGGAUGCACGCAGCGGAAAGAUAUCUGUUAGUAUACCAUGGGCCACCCCUGCAGCCAUCAUGGCUGACGAUCUGGGGGAAGAUAUCCAGGUAACAUCCAGGUAGCUAUGAAUAGGAUAACUACCGCAUACAUCUGCCAUUUGUAAUGAACAAGGUAACCCUAUAAGAUUGAUAUGGUACUCACAAAGACCAUUCACAACCUAAACCCUUCAAUUGUCAGACAAAGACUCGAAAACAAUGAAGAAUAUAUCGAUGGUUGAGUGGAAACGGAGGUUCACGUCCCUCCACUCUUGGGAGCUUCCCAAGCAAACUGGCGCCGUCGCGCCAGCCCACGUCUGGACGAACCGCGACAUGGACCCAACACCCGUCGAGGAUCAGACAUGGAACACAUGGACUAUCCUGGCCUACUGGGCCACCGACACGAUCAACUUGGCGACAUGGCAGACGGCGUCCGCCAUCCUAGCAGUGGGCCUAAGCUGGCGAGAGGCCAUCCCCAUCAUGGUGGUCGGCAACUUCUGCGUCGCCGUGCCGCUGGUCCUCAACGGUGCCGCCGGCGCGAAACUCCAUGUCCCCUUUUCCGUCUUUGCGACUAGCAGUUUCGGCUACUAUAUGAGAUACUUCUGUAUCGUCAGUCGAGCCAUUCUGGCCAUGUUCUGGCUGGGUAUACAGGGAGCGAACGGUGCACAGUGCAUCACGAUCAUGCUGCGCGCCUGGGCCCCCUCCUACAACGACAUCCAGAACCAGCUGCCCGCGAGCGCCGGCAUCACCACGCAAGGGAUGAUAUCGUACUUCUUGUUCUGGAUCAUCCAGCUCCCGCUGCUGCUGAUCCACCCCACGAAGCUGCGGCCCUUGUUCUGGGCCAAGCUCACGGCGGCGCCCAUCGCCGCCAUCGCGACCAUGAUAUGGAGCAUCAAGCGGGCCGGGGGCAGCGGCGACAUCUUUGCGCUGCGCGCGACGGUCACCGGGCCGCAGUACGCCUGGCUCUGGCUCACCUGCAUGUCGAGCGUCACGGGCACGUGGAGCACGCUGUCGGUGAACAUCCCAGACUUCACGCGCUACGCGAGGUCCGCCAACGGCCAGUAUAUCCAGCUCCCCGCCAUGCCCAUCAUCUUCACCCUGUGUGGUGUGUUGGGCAUCGUGACGACGUCGGCGAGCAAGGUGUUCAGCGGCGAGUAUAUCUGGAAUCCCCUGGAUAUCAUCGCCAUGUGGCUCGACUACGGCGCGGGCGGCAGAUGCGCCGCUUUCUUUGCGGCGUUUGCGUGGUAUAUCGCUCAAGUCGGUACGAAUAUCACAGCCAACUCCAUCUCGGCCGCCAAUGACCUGACAGUGCUCUUCCCGCGCUGGAUCAACAUCAAAAGGGGGUGCAUGAUCGCCGCAGUCAUCGCCGGGUGGGUCCUAGUGCCGUGGAAGAUUCUCAGCUCGGCCCAGAGCUUCCUCGCCUUCAUGGGCGGCUAUGCGGUCUUCCUCGCGCCGAUGGCUGGCAUCAUGGUCGCUGACUACUGGCUCGUCAACAAGCGACACAUUGAUAUCCCGAGCUUGUAUGACCCCGAUGGCCGCUAUCGCUACAUCGCUGGGUGCAACUGGCGCGCGGCAGUCGCCUUUAUCGUACCUGUCGUGCCGCUACUCCCCGGCUUGAGCUUGAGCAUUAGCGGUCCGGAGGCGGUUCACAUCAACGAGGGCGUGACGAAUCUCUACACCAUCAAUUGGCUGUUCGGGUUCACGAGUUCAAUUGUUCUUUACACGCUGCUGAGCCACGUCUGGCCAGCGAAGGAAACGUUGUUGGAACAUACCAUUUGGAGCACGGCCAUCGAGACACAUGGCAUCGAGGAAGAUGUGGGAUCGGAGAAAGCUACCGGUAGUGGCUUGUCUGACAAGUCGAAGACGAUGCCUGAAGAGAAGGCUCUAUAGUGUGGCGGUAUACGAUGGACUCCUAACCCAGAGUGGGAAAUUAAUUUAUACCUAGCAGCCCAUCAGCAGUGAUGAAGUAGCUGACGGGGUGGAACUUAUACUUGGUAGACACAACACCAGAAGUCGUGAACGAAGCUAACUUACUCACCUCAAGCAUCUCAUGAAGGGCCAAAAGUGUAAAACCUCACAUUUCUUUUAGCACAAUAUGGUAUUCCGUCAGCGCCUACCCACCCACUUACCUAAAAGUAUGUAACGUCGUUGAAAUUUUACGACAUACCUACUCAGCAGAUCCCGGAUAUAGCUGGCCAUAACUCCACGUCUGUGCCUCCUGGGUGUUAAGCAGCGAUCACGGCAACAUGUAUUUCUAAUCAGCCAAUACUGGGGAUCGGAUCUCCCGGGUUUUAAGGAGCAACCGGGUUCAAAAGCC